AUGCUCUCCUACGUCCGCUGCCUCAAGCUACGGAGCGUGUCGCUCGUCCUCGUCGCCUCGAGAAGUGCCCACACGGCCCAGCCAGCCCCCAUUAAGGUCAAAUGGUUCUACUCCACAGACAAUCCCAUCUCCAAGCCCAGCUGGUCCAACUACACCCAGGAGAAGGAAGCCCAGGUGUUCGUGGCUUUCUCAGACAGCGACUCACAGCGUCUUGAGGCCAGCUACCAGAACUCCCCUGGUCAGCUUGUGACUGUUAAUGAGGACAAACUCUACCAAGUAGACCUCAAAUCGUUUGAGUUGGCUCCUGUGUAUUGGGAAGGACCUGUUUACGAGGUGAGAAGAGGCACUUGGUUCAACUCUUCAGGCGUUCCUUUGCCCAACAAACUCUCCCAGGCCAUUGAAAUCGGCUACCAUACCAAAAAGCCGUACAGCUUCAAGGAAGAAGCCGAUAAGGAGAGCAAAAGCUCGGAAAAGUCUCGCCUCAAGCAGUCCAAAGACAUCGUGGCCAAAUUCAACAAGUUGCGGGACGAAAAGGGGCAGAUCGAGUUGAAUUUGGACCAGGAGCGGGACCUUGUUGACCUCGAAAACGGCAACUUGAUCCUUUACUUCGACGAGAAAAAUGCAGUCAUGUUUCCCAAAUCAAUGGACUCGAGCUUUCAGCUCGGAGUCAUCCGCAACUUUGGCCCCAGCAAGGUCAGCUUGGUGUCUGUGGAGCAUAUUCAGAGAGGUUACUCGAGCAGUUCGUUCAAAGAAGCCAUGCCUACGUCGAUCAGCGAUACUUGGAACGAAGUUUCCGACUAUGUUCUGUCCCAGGAGUUGCCAUUACCUGGUCCAGACAGAAAGGUUGACCACCUUGUGUUGUGCAUCCACGGCAUUGGCCAGAUCUUAGGCCACAAGUACGAAUCCAUCAAUUUUACCCACAGUAUAAAUGUGUUGAGAAACACCAUGAGCACCGUGUUCAGAAAUAAUAAAGAGAUCCAGAAAUUGGUGGAUGACGACACACACUCGAACCGCAUCCAGGUGUUGCCUAUCUCAUGGAGACAUAAGAUCGAUUUCCACCCCCAGCGUACGUUCAAGGACAACGACUCAUUGCCCACCUUAGCCCAGUUGACUGUGGAUGGUAUCAAGCCAUUGAGAAACUUGGUCGGCGACGUCGUCUUGGAUAUCCUUCUCUAUUACGAGCCCAAGUACAUCAACCAAGUGUUUGAGGUUGUGACUGAUGAGUUGAACCGAGUUUAUAGGCUCUACAAGGAACAGAAUCCAGACUUCAAUGGUAAGGUCCAUAUCAUGGGACACUCUUUGGGCUCUGCCAUUUCGUUUGACAUUUUGGCAAAUCAAACGGGAACCAAGGACGGUCAGGAGAAGGUCAAGAACUUGUUGGAUUUCGACGUUGAGAACUUGUUCUGUGUUGGAUCUCCAGUGGGAGUUUUUAAGUUAUUGGAACAGACCGGGAUUCAGGCUUAUGGCAAGGAGAUUGUUUCCCACGACAAUUCUCCGGAAAUGGAUGGAGAAAAAGACGGUACCGGCCAGAUCUCGGCUCCCAAGUGCAAGAAUAUCUACAACAUUUUUCACCCCUGUGAUCCUAUCGGGUACCGUAUCGAACCAUUGAUAGCACCAAAGUUUUCAAAGUUCAAGCCAGAAACUAUCCCGUUUGCGUUGAAGGGAUUUAACACCCAAUUCGAGGAGUUGGCCAACAUUGGUGACGAAAUCUCCGAGAAAUUGGCAAAGGCAUCUAGUUGGUUCAGAGACCAAAAGCAAAAGUCUCCAGUGGGAUCUGACGAGGAAAGAAUCAACAGGGAGAAUGCUCUUGGUGACAUUUUGAGUUCGAUCACUUCAACUACCAAAGCGGAACCAAGUAAGGAUACCAAAAAAAAGAAAUGGGAGCUCGAGGGUGAGGACCUUGAGCAGCUCAAAAGCUUGAACAGCUCGGGAAGAAUCGACUAUUGCUUGCCACAAGGAAUGUUUGAAUUUUCCUUGUUAUCUGCAAUCAGUGCUCAUGUUACAUACUUUGAGGACGUCAAUACUGCAGGCUUCAUCAUGAAGGAGAUCUUGACAAAGAACAGAGACGUCCAGUCGAAGACAGUUGUGGGCAGCUAG